AUGUACUCGCAUACCCUCUCUGAUCUCCCACUGGAGAUUCUAGACCUGAUCUUUUCAUAUCUCUGCCCGCAUUGCGCUGAGCAGCCUGAGGCAACCCCGUGCAACUCAACCGUUCACACGCGCGAUACCCUACUCGCGCUCUGUCUUGUCUGCACGCGGCUGCGACCCAGCGCCCAGGCCAUCCUAUUUCACGAGUACCAUGUGGCGUACCGGUCGACAGGUGGUGCAGAGUCCAGCUCAGAGGGCCCGCUAGUGUCGUUCUUGAAAGCUGUUACUCGACGUCCAUAUCUAGCCAACCAGGUCAAAAGAGUCUGUAUCUCGUCGUCCCAAUUGCGAUCGAUCGGCUGCAAUGAUGCUCGAUCUAUGCUUGAAGAAGCUGCCCUGGCCAGGGGCACGACCCUGUCAAAGGCCUGGGCACCACGAAUGCUGGAUAUCUCCAAUGAGCUCCCCGAGUCGAGGCAGUUUCUCGCUUCUUUUCUUCAAGGUUGGGAUUCGAUCGGAGAGCUUCAGACUCCUUCUCAACAGCAACGACGAUGGCUCAAUACCGAGCUGGCGAGCAUGGUAAUUGCUCUGCUUCCCAAGCUUGAACACGUCGGCCUUGAAACAGGCGCAUUUCCCUUGGAGGCCAAUCUCAUGCCAUCUCUACAGGCGUUCGGAGCCACCAAUCUUCCAAUACGGAGCGUCGGUCUCUAUUCCUGGCAGUCUCCCUCUGCACUCGCUUUUCUUCGAUUGGCGAGUCGCCUCGAAAUCCUCCACGUCCACAAGUACACCGUCUCCUUGCCGGCUCUCGCCCUGCCGACGUUCACCACCCUCCGCCUAACCGAGUGCCGAUACAGCGAGCAAGAUCUUGGAAAGCUCCUGGGCAAAUGCACGAAUCUCGAAACCUUCGUCUACGAAUCCAGCUGGGCUGACCAAUACGGAUGUGCACCCGAUAUGUCCGGCAGCGAUCAUUUCCAGCCCACUGACGCGGUUGUGCAUCUUCGUCGCCAGCGUCGCAUGCUACGGAACCUGCAUCUCGACCUCCGGAAACGGGGCAGUUUCCCCAACCCUGGGGGCACCAUCCAGCCGAUUUCCAGCUUGGAGGAGUUUGGUGCGCUCCAGCAUCUGUUUUCUGCCACUGGAUCUCCUACCCUGGCUGAAGAGCGCUUGGCGAGCUUCCUGCCCCGGACGAUUGUCUCGUUGCACCUGGCGGACUUGAAUGGAAAUGCUCCAACGCAAGCUGCGGCGCUGGCUGGCCUGGCGGAUGCAGUUGCGGAGGGGGCAUUCCCGUGUUUGAAAGUAGUGCGGUGCGAUGAGAGUCCGCGCUUCUCCGAGUCUCUUGAGGAGAGGCUGACUGCUGCUGGGGUGGAUUUGGGCUAUGCCAGCUGGCCGGUCGAGCCGCCUCCGCCAUAUUUCUAUGAACCCGGGUUCUAUCCCCAUUAUGCCAUGCCGUUGCCUGAUUCGGAGGAUGAGGAUCUUUGA